AUGGGACGCCGAAGCAGGUUACUCGAAGACGACGAGUCCAUACCUCGAUCGGACUCUACGUCCGACUCGGAAUCGUGCGUUAGCGAUGACGAGGACAUGGACAUGGAUCGGAGCAAGGCGAGGAAACACGCGGGGCUUAUUGAUGCCUCCACACGGUUUGAAGAAACCUUGAAGUACAACAAGAAGGAAGCGCGGGAGGGAGAAGCUGCCAUGCAAGCCGAAGACCGGCAUCCGUGUGUGCAGUUUGAACAUACUGUUACAGGCAUAGAGAUUAGGCACCACAGAGACUAUCCUGCCUGUGACCGAAAGCUCAUGUGGAACAGCUUUGCAGAAAUCCAAGCCAACGCAGACAGAAAUAUCAACGAGUUUCGUCAUGAUGGCUGGCAGUGGCGUAACGCUACCGAAGAGUCCGAGAUGGUCGUCCAAAGCGUGGGAGAGCUAGUGCAUCCUGCUAGCUACAAGAGUCGAAAAGCCGCUCCCAAGAGGAAGGGUCGCAAAAAGACACGGGUUCACCGUCGCAAGGGGCGCCAAUACUCGCGUGGUUGA